CGCUCUUCUUUGACCAGCCCCUUUCGGACCUUGAGCCGACCAAAACUCGGUCCAGACUAUUUUCUUUUCUUUUUUAAAGAUCUCCCCUCCCCUUUUAAACAGUGAACCAUGACAUUAAAUUCCAAUAAAAACGAGCCGGCUGUCAUUUUGGAGCGGGUGAACAGCGCGCGAACGGCUCUCUCAGACCUCUAUCUGGAACAGCUGCUGCAGAAUAAACCCAAGUCAGAAAAGGCCGCCAUGCAGACAUAUGAAUGCAAAGGGCAGGAGGUCUUCUCCAACGGCAGCGCUGGACAUAUGAACGGCAGAGAUGCGACCAGGAUGAGGGAAGUCGCCUUUGAGAAGAACCCGUCUGAACCGCUGGGAGUAACUUUAAAGCUGAAUGAGAAGCAGAGGUGUACAGUGGCCAGAAUACUGCACGGAGGAAUGAUACACAGACAAGGUUCUUUACAUGAAGGGGAUGAGAUUGCAGAAAUCAACGGGAAAAGUGUUUCUAAUCAAAGUGUAGACCAGCUGCAGAAGAUUCUGAAAGACACAAACGGCGUCGUCACGCUGAAAAUCAUCUCCAAUCAGCAAAGUCGACCAAUGGCGUGUGAGAUGUAUAUGAGAGCACAGUUCGACUAUGACCCAGCCAAAGAUGAGCUCAUCCCGUGUAAAGAAGCAGGCCUGAAGUUCCAGACGGGCGACAUUAUUCACAUUAUCAACAAGAAGGAUCCCAACUGGUGGCAGGGGAAAGUGGACAGUUCCUCCACAGACUUCGCUGGACUCAUCCCUUCUCCAGAACUGCAGGAGUGGAGAGUAGCGAGCAAAAGCAAAGCAACACGGGAAGCUGGACAGUCCUGCAGUCCUUUUGGCAAGAAGAAGAAAUGCAAAGACAAAUACCUCGCCAAACACAGCUCAAUCUUUGACCAGCUUGAUGUCAUAUCUUAUGAAGAGGUAGUGAGACUUCCAGCGUUCAACAGAAAGACCCUGGUUCUCAUCGGUGCACAUGGAGUUGGAAGGAGCCUUAUUAAAAACUCACUGCUGAGCAAAUAUCCUGAGAAGUUUGCUUAUCCAGCACCACAUACAACUAGACCUCAGAAGAAGGACGAGGAGAACGGCAAAGAAUAUUACUUCAUCUCUAACGACGAGAUGACUAAAGGCAUUGUUGGAAACGAGCUGCUGGAGUACGGCAGCUAUCAGGGACACAUGUUCGGCACGAAGAUCGAAACCAUCCACAAGAUCCACGAGCAGGGCAAGAUCGCAGUGCUGGAUGUCGAACCACAGACGCUGAAAGUGCUCAGAACGGCAGAGUUUGCUCCUCUUGUGAUCUUCAUUGCUCCCACUAACACCGGCAAUCAGUCAGAGGCGGUGCAGAACAUCCAGAAAGAGUCAGACAGCCUCCUCGCUGCGCACCGGCACUUUUUCGACGAAAUCCUGGUGAACAACGAUGUGGACGAGAGUGUGAAGGGAGUGGAGGAUGCCAUCGAGAGAGCGUCCUCAAGCCCACAGUGGGUGCCCAUCUCCUGGGUUUACUGAAACACGCACACACACAUACUCACACUCGCCGUCAGGACGGUUUGCACAUCAGCGAACAGUUUAUAGAAUGUCUGCGAUUAAAAAAGAAAAGCAAUAAGUUUGUUCCUUUUGUUGAAUGAUUUUGAAACUGCAGUUAUAUCCGUACCAGGACAGUAUAUAGCAUUAAGCGAUGACAUUGUUAGCGAUGCAAAAAGGACCUCUACUGUGAUCCAGUCUGCCCUCUAAAGGCAAAACGCAGAAACUACACAUCUGCUCUAAACAUUUCAGGUCUCAUCCUCAAGUUAUGCCCCGUAUUUUAGAAAAUAAACCACUAAUCUCUGGUUUGACUGGUUGUGCACUUCAUUUUUUAAGGGACCGUUCACAUAAAUCAUUCACCUAUUAUUUACCCGUCUUCCAGUUAGUCCAAACCUGUUUGAGUUUCUUCUGUUGAACACAAUAGAAGAUAUACUGAAGAAUGCUGGGGGAAAUAAACAGCCCUUGACUUGCAUUGAGUUUUAAGAGUUACUUGAGCCCCUACACUUUUGUUUCGGAACGUGUCUCGUUUGCCCAGUUAGCGCGUUUCGAUUGGCAUAUGUGAACAGGGCAAUCGCGCUCUGUUCCGCGCCAAAGUAAUCGCUCCGAGAUCGCUUGAAUGAGGUGGUCUCGGCUCGAUUGAAACGAACCCUGGAGUGGUUCGAUUGCAGUGAGAAAGCGAUCCGAUCCGAGCGCGGUUAUAUCACAGUGUUUUAUGGAUAUGUAAUAGGCUUACGGCUAUAUGAAGAGAGUAUUAUGAGUAGGGCGGGAAGUUUCGCGAGUCUCCGGAUGCCCGCAAACGAGUGAUGAUCUCCCGGUAAUCUCGCGUCUCCCUUCCGGUCCUCAAAUAGGCAUCGUCGCGCACUCUUCUCACCCCUCCCCACCGUGUCUCUCCUCAGACACGUCGCGCGCGCGCACCCUGUCAAUCACCACCAAACCACCACCUCUCCUGACAGCUAAGCGGGACGCUGCAAAAUAAACCCUGACACUCUGACCAAUGUAAGGAGAGUUUACUCGCACGUGACUUGUUUUAGCUCUUUUGGUCCGAUUAGAAACUUUGCAGUGUGAAAGCGAACCGCUCCAAGAGCAAAGAGCAACAAUGUAACAAUUGUAAUCUCGGUUUCGGAACAACUGAAUCAAUUCACAGGUGUGAAAGCAGCCUUAUUGUAGGCUUGGAUCACUUUGAUUGGAUCAUUACUGAUCCAUGCUCAGUCAUAUCAACUGCUCCUCUCGAAAUUAGUUUGUGAAACUUCACUUCUUGUUCCUACUACUGAUGUCAAGGGCUGCUUUUUCCCCAACGUUCUUUGAAAGAUUCAACAAGAAAGCCAAUAAGGUUUAGAACCACUUGAGCUGAGUAAAUAUUAUUAAUUUUAUGUGAACUGUUCCUUCAAGGCGUUUGCGUAGUUACUGCUCUUUGUUUUGCAGGGCGGCAUCAUUAAUUCCCUGCUGUUUCAGUGUUUGUGAGCCAUGUUUCAUGUAGGGUUGGGUCGAUAGACGAUGCCAUCAUCCAUCGCCGAUGGCUAAUAGACAUUCUCCGCCCCGGCCCCGUCACAGCAGCAACCCGCUCAGGCCCCGUUUACACUUCUAUGUCUUAGUUUUAAAAUGGUGGUUAGGAAUGAAAAUGAUCCACGCUGGAGUUUACCAUUUCUGAACAGAUCUCCGUCCACACUAUACUGCUGAAAACGCACGUCGUGUGACCACACAACACACACACUGUCAUGUCAAAUCACUUUUAUUGUCACAUCAUCAGCAGCACGUGUGCUAUGAGUGAAAAGCUUAGGUGCUGGCUCCAGACAGUGCAAAAUACAGUGCAAAUACAACGACUAUGUGAAAUUGACAGGAAUCAGAUGCAGCAUACGCGCGCAUCUGAGCUCCUGCAGGCUUGAGCACAAAACCCCAGAGAACAGUGCACGUCACACAGUUAAUCAAGGAUGUACCGCUGGAUGGCGUCUCACUAUAGUUGUUAACUCUUGUCUCUAUCUAACGACUCUUCGGUCUUCUGAAUCUAUCAGGUAACGUGUCACAGCGUCAGUACAGUGCUUCAGUCUUUCACUUUCACACUUGUACUUAGUCAUUUUAGUGUAAACCACAGACACUGUUGGUUGGUUCCUGUUGGUUUUACACCAUUUCUACCAAUUAGGUUUGUAGACGCCCUUACGCCCCAUUUACACAGGGCUUCAGCGUCAACGCUUGACUGGAGGCGUGUCUGAAGUUGGGGCUGAAACGAUCAUCAUAGAAGCGUCAGCCAAUGAAAUUCAGUCAGCAAUAGGCCACUGUCUUGCUGGUGUAUUUGCAUACAGCGAUCUGAUUGGCUGACGCUUCCGUUGGCGCUUGAAAAGUUGAGCUGGUCCCAACUUCUGCAGUGAGCAACACCUCUGAAGUGGCGCCGACGCAUCCACAAUGCAUUUCAGCAGCGCCUGACGUCACCCAUUCAAAGUGAAUGGGAAGCGUUGACGCUGACGCCUCGAGUGAAUGGGGCGUAAUACUGACACAGGUCACUGCCUAUUCAUACCAGAGUCCUGUGGGAAAGGUGAUUGACAGGUGGUCAUUUGUGUGUAACUUAUCUUUAUUUAUUUAUGGUUUGGUUAUGGGUAAAACAAAGAGCAUGCGGGUCAGCUAGUUGAAACAGUAGGCUACACAUAAUUAAUUCGUUAUGAAUUAAUUAAUUAUUCAUAAAUCAUUAAUUCACUACAAUGACGAUGCCAUUGUUUUUUGCAAUGUUUCACAUUAGACAUCGUACGAUGCCAAAUUGGUCAACAUCGCCCAACCCUAAUGCCAUGGUGUUGUUCUGAAAUAUAAACAAAAGACGUGUUAAAAACACGGGGAAAUCAUAUCAGCGUGUAUUUGAAAGCAAGUUUGUCUUGAAAUGUCUGUCUUAUGAUGAUGUCUGAAUUUACCUCAAGUCAUAAUGUAAGGCACUUUUGAAAGAACUCAAUAAAUGUCUCUCUACACUCCA